GAGCACAAUGUAAACAAAAGAGAUGGCGGGAGAUUGGCAAAAAUCAAAACAAAGUUAACAAAUUACUGUUUAUAUGUAUUUAUCUCUGCUGCUUUGUGUGAUAAUGAUUCGAUAUGGAUCAACUGGUAUUCCUUCCCGUUCAAAACUUACGUUUCAAAGAUCUUUUUGAUUGGUCUAUACCUGUUCAGAGAUGCAAGUCCAGUAAGGUGAUAUUAACCCCUCCUGCAUCACCUAGAAAAAAUGGUGUUGUCAUCCCUCAUAAAGACAAAGAGCAUGGAACCCUCACACAAGCAAAUGAACAAGAUAUAGCACUAUUCAGAUAUAAGACGAGGGUAUAUGCUGUGAAAGAGGAAUGUCCUCAUGCAGGUGGUCCUCUGCAUCUUGGAGAUAUAGAAGAACUAGCAGAUGAGCUUGUUGUCAGAUGUCCUUGGCAUGGAUGGAAGAUUGACCUUGAGACAGGAAAAGUCAAGUUUCCCAAAGGACAUGACCUUCAGUCUACAUUGGCAUAUCCUGUCAAGGUCACAGAAGAUGGUAAAUUGUACAUUGGCUUUAAUGGGCUGUAUGACGGUUACUUUAACGUUGAAGAUUGUGAUUUUUAAACUGAUAAUCAAGUGACACUGUAUAAACUUUAUGACUCUGUGAUAAUAUAAUGAUAAAUAGUUGCUGUUAAUUGUAACCCAACAGCCCCAUUGAAAAGGUAAAAACCAUGGUAAAGGAGACAGUAAAAUAGUACAAGUCCAGCUUAAAGAUGCUUAACAUUCACUUAAAACAAAGGAUUAGAUGUCAUUAAACUCAUUUAGUUUGUAUGCUCUCAGGUUCAUUCUAAAAAUCUUAUUAUUAAAAUGAUUUUAUUUGUAAACAUUACUAGGGAAAAAAAAGAUUGAACACCUUUUCAGGCAAUGUUUUUUUUAUAGAAAACAUAAGAAAGCAUUAGUGACACAUAGUUAAAAAGGGUCAGAACUACAUGUAUAGGUAUUUCAUCAUGAACAUUGUAGACUAUUGAAAAUGAUAUGAAUAAACAAUAUUAGAUUACAGUAAUAAGUGUCAUUUUUGAAAAAAAAAAUUUUUUGUUUUGAUGUUUUACCUGGAGGCAAGUAACCAUAGUAACACAAAUGUCCAAUUUAUUUUUACAUGAGUUUUGUAUGUAUUCAGUAUUUGAAAACUCUAAAACUAUCUAAAUGAAGGAUUUUAAGGAUUUUUGAGUAUCAAACUUUAUGACAUUGUUGACUGCAUAGUGCUUUCUCAUAAACAGUAUUUGUUAUUAGUUAUAUGUAAGAUAUCUAAAGGGGGACUGAAAAUUUAUUAGUCCCCUACCGGUUUAACCGGAGGGGACUUUAGGUUUACCCUCCGUCCGUCUGUCCGUCUGUCUGUCUGUCCGUCUGUCUGUCCGUCUGUCUGUCUGUCUGUCUGUCAGUCUGUCAGUCCGUCAGUCCGUCCGUCCACAAAACUGGAUCCCGCGAUAACGCAAAAAGUACUGAAAAUAUUUUUAUGAAACUUGAUAGUAUGGAUAGAUGCC